GGCAGCUGCCGGUUACAAAAAUGUGCGCGUUCCUAAGGAAACGAACAGAAGGGAAAAGAUCUUUGAGGAAGAUGUGAAAGAGGAGGCCUUUGCAGGAAAGCAUGAGAGAGACUAGAGAUGAAGGUAUGGUGAAAGACCGCUGUGGUUUGUACGAUGAAAGGACUGGGAAAGGAGAACUACAUAUGCAGCUCCAGACCUAUCCCAUGGCUCAGUGACUCCAAAACAGAGGCAUCGACCCUGCUAUGGAAACUCAAAGACUGCUUCUCCACAAACGAAACCGCAUCAGCUCACCAGACAAAUAAAGGAAACAAUUACAUGGACAACAGAACGGGAGUACUGGAACUAAAGGAUGUCCCUCCUCCGCCACACCCCCCUUCCCCUUCCCAGUUAUCCCAGCCCUUCUCUGUUGCACCUCUCCCUCUGCCUCCUCCUUGCUUGCCGCCUCCUCCUCAACUUUCACAAGACUCCCACCAACAACAGCAAGAAGGGGUUUACCCCAAAGUAAGCAUUUGCACCCACUGUGACUAUUGCACAGAUGGCAGUGGGUUGCUGGGUGGAAGAGGUGUUGGGCGCAGUAGCGGCAUUGCUGAACUUGUUUCACAUCAUAUAGCUCCAGGCUCUCAAGGUACACCCAUCAGUAGCAGCAGGCCUGGGACUUGCUCUGGAGCCUCAUCUGCUAAUAAUUUUAAACGUAACCUAAGUUUUGGCAGUGGAGUUGACAUUCCUGAUUCCUUGCUCAAUCAUGCUUAUAAACCUUGCCUACCUUUUGCUGUUGCUACCUCUCAGCCUCUUUCAUCACAACCCUACCAUUCCUGCUGCUCAGGACUUCUACAAACCUGCUCCGUUGAGCCUCUUUCAUGCAGUCAGCCCAGCAUCUUUCCGUCUUCAUCUUCUCUGGCUUCCUCUGUUUCCUCUUUACCUGCACCUUUGCAUGGCUCUUGCUUGGUUUCUUCUGGUUUUUACAACUGUGGUGUGGACUGCAACCCAUCACCCAGAAGAUCCCAGAGAAGCGUGCACAGUGAUCACCCAACUACCACCAGUUUUACUACUUCAGCCACCCCAGCACACUUUUGCUCUAAUCCUUUGCACCUGAAUGUAGAACCCACAGUUUGUGUGAAGGGGGCACACUACUGCCAGGAAUGCUCAUUGAAGCCAGUGAAUGGUGUGACUUCAGGGCUUGAUAAGGUGUGGUCCAAUGUUCCUAUCCCUCAGACUGCUUCUGUCCCUGCCCCUAUUUGUAAUGGCUGUGGCACAUCCUCAAAUGGCAAUGUCAUCCUGUCUUCCACCAACCUUGGCAAGACUGGGCAUAAAUAUGGUUCUCUAGAUAGUAGUGGUCCUGAGAACAUCCCUCCAGUAGGUGUAUUUUGGGACAUAGAAAACUGCAAUGUGCCCAGUGGACGCUCUGCUGGAGCUGUGGUCCAGCGUAUCCGCAGUCGUUUUUUCCAAGGACAUCGUGAAGCAGAAUUCAUUUGUGUCUGUGAUAUCAGCAAGGAGAGCAAAGCUGUCAUCGAAGAGCUCAACAACUGCCAGGUCACUGUUGCACACAUUAAUGCCACAUCAAAAAAUGCAGCGGAUGACAAGCUUCGUCAGAGCCUCCGACGUUUUGCUGAAACCCACACUGCACCUGCAACUGUUGUUCUAGUAUCAUCGGAUGUGAAUUUUGCAAGUGAGUUGAGUGACUUGCGUCAUCGUCAUGGUUUCCAAGUAAUUCUGGUCCAUGGCACCCAUACGUCUUCAGCUCUUCUGCAGCAUGCUCACUGCCAUGUGGCCUUUCAGGAGAUCACAGCUGGUCUACCACCACGAAUGCUUGUGAAAGCCCAGCCCAGUUUCAACCUCCUCUAUGUGCACAACCUCCCUGUCAUCUGUGACAAGAGCCUGCGGAACGCAGUGAAGCUCAGGCUCCGCCGCCUGUCAGACAACUGUGGUGGCAAGGUGCUAGGCAUGUCCCAGGGCACAGCAGUCCUCCGUUUUGGCAGCCCUGAGGCAGCGACACGGGCCCGCAAGCGAAUGGAAAAUGAGGAUGUUUUUGGCCACCGAAUCAGCCUUUCUUUUUCUCCAAGACCCAAAGGCGAUGCAAGUGCUGAGGCUGAGCUCCAGUCUCAACCCCAUCACUUGCCUCAGUCUCAUCCCCAGACCUACCAAACCCAGGAUUCAGUGUUCAUCCCUCCCCCAUCCAUAUCCUGCUUCUCUUUUUUUCCCCUGGAGAAGCCCAGGUCACCCAGGAGGCCACGGCGGGCAACCCGCCCAUGCCUCACCCCUGGCCAAGUGCCUGAGAGGCCCUACAGCCCCAAGAGGGGGUCCAGUGGGCCUCCCGGUGGUGCUCCAGCCAAGUCCCAUCAGGAGCUGGUUAACACAGAAGGCAAGCCCAGAAUGGGUCUACCACAGCUGGACAAAGGACGUGCUGCUUUCUUGUCAUCCCACAGUGAUAGUGAGCCAAGAGCACUGGAGUCCAAGUCUGGCCUCACUGGAGAAUCCAUGUACAGGAAGAGAAGAGAGGGCUCCAAUCCUCGAAGUGUAACUGAAUCGCCUGUAGAGAAAGGAGAUAAAAGUUCUGGGGAGUUCCAGAUUAGCACACCUUCAGCCUUCAGCAAGUUGAAUCUUCACAGGAGCUUCAGUCCUCAUGUUUCGUCUCGGGGCUCCUGGUCCUCCAGGAGUGCAUCCCCCUGCCUGUCCAGCCGCUCCUCUCCUCUUCUUGCCACUCCUCGAAGUCCUUGUCCAGAAGGCCCUCCUGAGCCUUUCUCAGAGGGGGCAGAGGUCCAGGUGGCCAAUCUGGACUACAGAAUGUCGCGUAUGGAUCUGCAGCAAACCCUGCAGGACACCUUCUCCCGAUAUGGACAGGUGAAAGCUGUGGAGCUGAGCCCCCACACUGACUAUCAGCUGAAGGCCACAGUUCAGAUGGCUUCUCUGCAGCAGGCUAUUAGUGCUGUUAGUGGCCUGCACCGUUAUAAGAUUGGAGGCAAACGUAUUCAGGUGUCUCUGAUCACUGGAAGCAACAACAAAUCUCUUGCCUUGUUCAGCACAGAGAUCAUCUGUAUCCUUCAGGAUGCUCCAGCCAAUUGUCUUCCUCUAUUCAAAUUAACAGAGAUCUAUGAGAAGAAAUAUUCCCGUAAACUGGCAGCUGGUGACCUGUACAGACUACCAGAUCUGGUUUCAGUGCGUGAACAGGGAGGCUCAAAGUUGGUUUGCCUUCUGCCCAACAGCCAAAUUCGUCAGAGUCCACUGGGAUCCUCUCAAUCACAGGAGUGCUCGUCCUCUACAAGUGGGAGCCCUGUUGUGUUUGAGGAACUUGAGUACCAUGAGCCUGUUUGUAGACAACAUUAUGGACAGCAGGACUUUUGUGAGGCAGACUUUGACCCAGACUCCUAUAAAAUCCCAUUUGUCAUCAUGUCUCUGAGCACUUUGGCCUCUGAGGUCCAGAGUCUGUUGCAAUCACAUGACGGGACCCUUCCGCUCCUCAGUUUCCCUGACUGCUAUGCAGCUAAAUUCAGCCCUUUGCAUCUUGGCAAUGAGACACUGGAUGGUGGUGUUCCCCUGGAGCAUCUUAUUACUUGUGUUCCUAGUAUCACAAUAGUCACAGCUCAGAAUGGUUUCAAAGUCAUAAAGUGGAUCCACAACAAACCACCAGCACAAAACUCUGAGCCAUGGAUUCAACGCUGCAAGAGUCCAGUUGGGAAUCCACAGCUCAUCCAGUUCAGCAGAGAGAUUAUCGACUUGUUGAAGAGUCAGCCAUUUUGUAUCAUGCCAAUCAGCAAAUUCAUACCAUCAUAUCACCAUCACUUUGCCAAGCAGUGCCGUGUCUCAGACUAUGGUUUCUCCAAGUUGCUUGAGCUUCUGGAAGCUGUACCACAUGUCUUGCAGAUCUUGGGUAUGGGUACCAAGCGUUUACUGACAUUGACCCAUCGAGCCCAAGUGAAGCGCUUCACCCAAGACCUGCUUAAACUGCUUAAAUUUCAAGCCAGCAAGCAAGUGGCAAUCAAGGACUUCAUGCAGGCCUAUCAUUGGUGCUUCUCCAGAGACUGGAGGGUAACUGACUAUGGCGUAUGUGACUUGAUGGACCUACUGGCAGAGAUCCCUGACACCACCAUCACCAUCUCACACCAGACCACUGACACACUCAUCUCUGUUCCUAAGAGGGAGCGUAGUGUUGAGGAAAUGGAGCGUACCAAGCAAUUUGGGAAGGAGGUGGUGGAUCUUCUUCGUCACCAGCCUCACUGUCGAAUGCCCUUCAGUAAGUUCAUCCCCUCUUACCACCACCACUUUGGUCGUCAGUGCAAGCUCAGCUACUACGGAUUCACCAAGCUUGUGGAGCUCUUUGAAGCAAUUCCUGACAUCCUGAUGGUGUUGGAAUGUGGUGAGGAGAAGGUGUUGAGUCUGACUGAAGUUGAACGUGUCAAGGCUCUGGCAGCUCAGCUGGUCAAGCUGCUCCGGGCUCAGAAGAACUUCAGUCUCCCCGUCAGCCAGCUUCUCCCCCAGUACAGCAAGACCUUUGGUUAUGGUAUGCGCCUUCAGGAUUAUGAUGCAGCCUCCCUGCCUGCUCUGCUGGCCAAACUCUGUCAUGUUGUCAAGGUGGUUGAUGGCUCAGAGGGUCGGGAAGUGCAGUUAAUCAACAGGAAGUCUCUUCAGCUGCUAACCUCCCAGCUGCUGGCUCUGCUCAUGUCCCAAGAAAACAGCCAAAUCUCCAAGGGUAUGAAGGUGGAAGAGCUGAGCCAGCAUUAUCUGACUGUACACGGAACCCUCCUAAAUCCUUGUGAAUAUGGGUUCCUCUCUCUGAGUGAGCUACUCAAAAGCCUCCCAUAUCUUGUUGAGUUGUACUAUGAAGAAAGUGGUGAGGAUGGUAAAGCUGGUAGUGCUGCUGGUUGUGGUGAUGUUGAAUGGGUGAGGCUCACUAGGCUUUACCAGUUUGCCUGCAAGGUUCGUGAAUUGCUUCACACCUACCAUUACAAUCAGAUCUUCCUGACUGAGUUCCAGGGUGCUUAUAACAAGUUUACAGGCUGCAGCCUUGAACCGUGCGCUUAUGGAUACAUCAGCACUGAUGAGCUGCUCGGUGCCAUUCCACAGGUGGUCUGGAUCAAAGGGCAUGGUCACAAGAGGAUUAUUGUUUUGAAGAAAGAUAUGAAAGCUAGAGCAAGCUCUUCAGUGCCCAGCAGCCCUCAGCCUGGAGAAAGCCCGAGAGACAGUCCUGUUAGCAGUGCAACAUCUGGAACACAGAGUCCAGGCGGCGAUGCAGCUUCAGAGUCAGAACUGCUGUGUCUAACGUCACCCGUUGAUCUGUUGUGCGGUCCAGUACCAUCCUGCUUACCAUCACCUCAACUCUACCCAGACCCAGUUGUCCCUCAACACUUGGACUUGAUUCACUUUGAGAAAACUCCACCGCCACAUCUACCAACAGAGAGCGUUGAAUCUGAUGAAGUAGCUGCAGAUGAUGCACCUGAGCAGCCUGACAGCACAGCUCACCUGGGGAUCACCAGACCUCCACCGCCUCCUGACAAGAAGAGCCCUCUGUCCAUGGACAGUCCCAGCAGAAAAGCUGCACGCAGCAGAAUCAAACUAGCUGCCAACUUCUCCUUCACAGCAGGCCUCUGAUCCUUAUCAUCCACAUCACUCACAGAAAUGCCACUACUCACAUAGUGUAACUCUACAUGGAAGAGUUGACAGACAUUAAGUACACUACACAAAGAUGGCCCUGGAGGGUAUUUGUGUUGUCCCUUCUGCAUCCCAACAAGGCUGCUGCCUUUUUUCUUCUAAUUGGCAAUCUUUCUUUAUUUUUCGUAGUUCUCAAUCCUCCACUAAUGUUCACCAAGCUGUGAUCCACUCCUUGCAGAUUGUCUGCAGUUCUUUAGUUUGCCAAAUUAAGACACAAUAAGCUGUUUUUUUUUUCCAUCACAAGAGCAGUUGAUUUCCCAGUCUGUGCAUCCUCAGUUUGGAGCCACAACCGUUGUAUUAAGAAACUCACACUUGUAUUAAUCAAGUUAGUUGUCACUGUAUCCAGAGUACUGUUCAACAGUGUGGGAAGAAAAGCUAAUAAUGAAUAACUUGGCAAUGGAAAUACUGUUGCACACAUUUUCAGUUUGCAAAAAGUUUUUUUUUUUUUUUUGAAGAAAGAUUUGUCAGUAAUUCAUGUCAAGACCAUGUCUCCCUGAAAAAAAUAACUGCCAUUUAAACAUCAUUUCAACUUCGGAGGAUUUUCUUUGUAAGUAACCCCAAAUAUGUCAAGCAACCAAGCAUCUAGCCCCUGACAGUCUUAUUCUUUCACAUUUGUUUAAGAAAUAGCUUCUCUCUGAGGUAUACGGUCCUGUGUUGUCUCUGUAAAAAAAAAAGUGUAAGGAUACUGUUUUUUAGUUUCUUCUAUACUAUGCAGUGUUUGGUUGUCUGUGGAAGAGUUUGGAUUCUAUGUUGUGGAAUAAGGGCAAAGAUGGGAUUUAAGAGAAACGGUUUGAGUGGUUUAAAGGUUUACAUCAAGAGGUUUUGACUGACUGUUGCAUUAAUAGGUGCUCUCAGGAUUUUUUAUUGUGGUAUGUUCACCUAAUUUAAUGCAGGGAUUUUGACUUGUCUCUCUUGGGCCAGUAAUAGAUGCCCAAAAAGGAGAGGAGUGGCACUGAGUAUUCCUGUUGUAUGUGCUUAGGCAGCAAAAACUAACGUACUUUUAAUGUCUUUAGCCAGCAGUCAGUGUGUUUUGUGUUCUUUUAGCUGUGUUUUGUCUGUGUGGUUUACACUGCGGUAGGUGGUGUGAAAUGUGCAUGGAGUGCAUAACUGAGUUUAUGCAAGGUGUAAUCCCAGGAGGAGCAGACACGAACAGGUAAUAGCAAGACGUUUAAUAGCAGCCUUUAUUUCCACCGCAGUUUAUGGAUCUCAGAGUUGGCGUUACUCUCUUGCAGUUGCCUUAGAAAUGCUCAAGGUUUGUUGAAUUAACCUUUGCUGCUCAUAGGCACUGUGUCAGCAGUGGUGUCCACACUGAGUUCAAGAGUUUGAGGAGGUAGGCAGGAAUCCUGAGUUUGAUUUUUAAUGAUGCAACGAAUUGAUGAAUGGUUUUAGGAGAAAGAGGAUGGGAUGGAGGUGAUGCGUUCAAGGACCAGACUGGGGGCUUUGGGAAGCCCCUUAAACAGAUAACAUCCACACAGAGGAUCCUCUGCAGUUCUCUGGAAUCUGCCGGGCUUUUACAAUGGCUUGUAUUGGCCACGGAGCUGAACGAUGCCAUCAUUCCUCCCCACCCUCUUACAUCUCACAUGAAGUAGUUUUAACUUCCUGUUGUGUGCUAGUUUCUCAACUUCACUUUGAGUGUUUAAUUGGCUGCUGGCUGUAGAAAUGCCAUCAAAUGUCUGCUACCUGUGAAAUUAAGCACAGCCCCAGGUGCCACUGAAGUUGUAGACUGAUGAUUGUGUUCAGAGGUAAUGUUUAGAGGAUGGGUAACAGCCCAUUUAAUCAGUUUGUUUGCAUUUUGGAGUGGAUUUAGUCUGCAUUUGUAGUAUUUUGAUACACGUUUUCUUUCAUCAGACUGGAUGUCAAUAUGUGAGGAGUCCACCUGCCAUCUCACUGGACUGUGACAUGCAAAUCAGAAUGUUUUUAGGGCUGUUACAGCUCAAGCUGUUUUAUUGACCAUUAGGAAAAAAUACUUUAAGGAGUUGUUGAUUCAGAUUAAUUAUUUCUAUUUGUAAAUGGCUUAAAAUACUCCCAAGAAAUGUUUGGAUUUAAAUUAGAAACUACUCCGUACUGCAGUGACAACUAACUCAUGUUUUGAGUUCUUGCUUUGUGUUUUGGUUAAAUCAGUAAGAAGCUGUUGUACCUGUUAAAAAUAUGCACUUUUGCAUAGUUUUGUUUCAUGAAAUAACACAUUUGCAAAGAUGUUUGAGCAAAUUAUCUUUGCUUCUUUACCUGAUCGUGUCUCCAAGUCGGUGGUUUUGCAGCAGGUUUUAAGGAACUUGCUUAUUCAGCUGUGUCCUUUAAAACAUUGACUUGUGAUGAAUUUCUGUUUCUGCUCAACAACUGUCUUUUUCCUGUGGAAUCAUCUGCCCCCUCAGUUGCAUUUACUGCCUAGCUACACCAGAGGCGGUUGUAAGUUAUUGUUGAAGGGACCAAAAAGAUUUCCAUGAAUAAAUUUCACAAGCAUUAA